AUGAAGCUGUAUGUGAUCGUUCCACUGUGUGCUCUGUUCACCAUCAUCCAACAGGCAUCUUCACAAAAUAAGUGUACGUGUGAGCUGACUAAUUCAGAGAAGGCAUUCCCUCAUGACAAACUCAGCACAGUGGAGGGCAAUGCAUCAAAAUGCAACAGCAACAUCACCCCACAGAAGACUCUGGAGCUGGAGAGUCUGCUGCUGGGUUUGGAGCGACGUCUGCCCCAGCUGCAGGAAGAUGUGUCGAUGCUGGAGAGGGAGGAUGACGGAGACCUCUACGCAGUUCUCAGCCUGUAUGUGAUAGAGAAUGAACUGCUGGAGAUCAAGCGGCUCAUUGACAGACUCAACAGCACCACCAAGGCACAGCAGGGUCUGACUGCUGACACCACUGAACAGCUGGAGAACCUGAGAGCAGAGAUGCAGGAGCUGGAGACAUACGACACCAUGCAGGUGGUGAAAGGACAACGAGACAACGAGCGUCUGAACAGCGAACUAGAAAUGUGCAAAAAUGGACCUCUCCCCACCACCCAACCCACUCAACCUCUACAUGGUAAAUGUCCCCACGGUCAAUUUCGGAACAUUACUGGCCCGAGGGUGUACACAGCAGGAGAGUACCCUGGCUCCUAUGCUUAUGGAGCCUGGGGUCGGGAUCCCAAACCAGCGGUGGGAAAGGAGAGCUGGUAUUGGCUGGUAAUGAUGACCUCCAGCAACAGAUACGCCAACUACGUCCGUCUCUACUCUAGCCUGAGCUCUCUCAUUGUUGGGGUGAGCGUCCCAGGUAAAGAAGUCUUGUGUUCUACUUCGAGUGUUGAUGUUAGAAAUCAGCUCAGUGAGCAUGCACAUGCAACACAUACUACUGAUCACGUUGAGAUAUAA